GGCCAUUCUUCUUCGCCACUCAUUUCUGGGGAAUUUUGGUUUGAGAAGAUAUGCCGGUUUUCACUGGAGGACAUGCUUGUCUCUCGCAACUCUCUGCUGCUAACUUGCUUCCUGCUCCUCCUUUUGUUCCCCGACCCAUUCAUCUUCUUCCUCUGAAGCACAUUCGUCGUGAUUCUCGUUUUUCAUCUUUCAUGAAAGUUUUUCUUCUCGUCCCUAAAGUCUCUGUCUCAUGUGGGAGUGGCUCUAUCGCAGAUGGGGUUGAUCGGCACCUUUCGGAUGAAAUCAGGUCAACUAAGAGGUCUGCUGACUGGAAGGCAGCAAACAUUUACUUUGAAAGAGGGGUGAUAUGUGAAGGCAAGGUGGAGGGAUUCAAUAAUGGUGGUUUACGCAUUCGGUUCUAUUCGCUUGUGGGAUUUCUUCCUUUUCGGCAAUUGAGUCCUUCACAUCAGUGUAAAGAUCCAAACAAAACCAUUCAAGAGAUUGCAAAAGGUUUGGUUGGUUCCAUCCUCUCGGUGAAGGCAAUUGAAGUUAGUGAAGAGUUGGGAAGAUUGAUAUUCUCUGAAAAGGAAGCAAAUUGGGCAAAGUUCUCUAGUCAAAUAAAAAUUGGUGAUAUUUUUGAAGGAAGAGUUAGCUCUGUUGAGGAUUUUGGUGCUUUUGUUGACCUAAGAUUUCCAGAUGGGUAUUGUCACCUUACUGGGUUUGUGCAUGUCUCAGAAGUGUCAUGGGAUGUUGUGCGUGAUGUUAGAGAUGUUUUGACAAAGGGAAAUGAAGUGAGGGUCAAAAUUAUAAAGAUAGAUAGUGAAAAAGUAAGGAUUUCACUCUCCAUUAAACAAUUAGAGGAUGAUCCGUUGCUAGAAACACUAGAUAAAGUAAUUCCCCAGGGUUCUUCACAGUAUCUUAGUACCUUGAAUUCAAAGGGUAGCCUUACUAUUGAACCUCUUCCUGGGCUUGAAACAAUAAUUGCAGAGCUUAUGCAAGAAGAUGGUAUAUACUCUGUAAAAAUUAGCCAACAAGGGUUUGAAAAACGGGUUGUUUCACAAGACCUACAGCUCUGGCUCUCCAAUGCACCGCUUGUUGGAAAGCAAUUCACUUUGCUGGCCAGGGCUGGAAGACAGGUGCAAGAAAUACAGCUUACCACAUCCCUAAGUCAAGAGGGCAUCAAAAUGGCAUUGCAGCGGGUGCUGGAGCGCAUACCAUGAUUUGCAAUGACACUCCCUGCCUCCCUCUGAAUGUACACGUUGACGCCAUGUCGUGAUACGUCCUUACUAAACAUUGUUACAGAAGUUUGUAGUGCUCACAAACCCCGAUCACUACUCACAACUGAUGUUGCUCUUUGGAACUACAAAAACUUGAUAAAUUUUGAGCCCGUUUGGUAACAAUUAAAUUGGCUGAAUUGGUUGAUUCGGCUGAAAUUUAUGAAGUUUUGGUUGAAGUGGUUGUAAUGGUUGAUUCUGCUGAUUUAUGAAAAAUUUAUAUUUAAAAUACUCUCUCCGUCCUCCUAAUAUUGGUACGGAAGGGAGUGGUGUGGUUUUUAAGAAAAGUAGAAUUAUG